GAGAACUCAUUGGCUGUUCAUGUAGGACUAGGCAAAAAAGCGAAUUAGUUACAAAAUUAGAAUUGGGCGAAGGGUGCCUAGGUGUUGUUUUUACCUCCAUAUAGAAGUAUAUUCAUAACUGGGGAUAUGGAUAUAUAUGUAUUUUUUUAAUUAAGUCAAAACACUUGUGUUUACAUGCGUCGAAAAUACACGCUUAUGUGCUGGGCGUCGAGUGUGGGUGUUUGUAUAUAGCGAUCGAAAAGAAAAACUCAAACUGAAGUUGUGGCGACGAUCGUCGAUCGCUGAUCCCAGAGAGGGGACUUCAAAAGUCAGACGCAACUCCAGCCUGCCACACGCGCCUCGAUUGCCAUCCGUCGGAUCGAUCGCACAAUAGCGAAGAAAUUAAGCCGCUUUGUUUGUAUACCUUCAUAUACCUGUGACAAAAGGAUCCUCGACGACAAGUUGGUCCCCCCUCCACAUAGAUCACUUGUUGACACACGUACAAAGAGGUGGCCUCUUGAACUAGACGAGAUGUGGCUCUCAUCAACCCCGGAUGAGUAGUCACGUCCGAAUCGGAUCGAUGAAAAUAACAACCGAGUCCAGGUAAACCUGCUGCAGUCCGGCAAGAACUCUCGAUCGGUCAUUCGAAAAGCGGCUUAGGCGAUGACGGAUCAACUGCUGAGCUCCGCUGGCAGCGCUCCCGGGGAUCCCCCCACGGUCUUGGUCCCCGUGCCAGCAUCUACGGGCGGACCAUAUCUGAGCGGUGGAUCCGAGGGCGAGGCGGAGUCAUCGGAGCAACCCGUCCUCCUUGAACUGGGUGCUCCCCAGUCGGGCAAUUGUCCGGCAGUUAGUCUGAAUUACACCCUAACCCCCGAUGGAGGAGGUCUGCUGGCCUAUGCGCCAGUUCAUCCGCACAACUACUCACCCACCUUCGGCUACGACAAAGAGCCACCGAACUUGGGUCUGUUGCCACCCAGUUAUAGUGUGAUCCCUCAGCCGGUGUCGAUGUGGCAUGCCGGACAGGUUGCCUCUGGAUCCCCAGUGGGCCUGGAGGGAAGCAAACACAGCGAGCUGGUGCCUCCUCCGAUGUACAUGAGCUAUGGGGGAGGGAGUAUCGCCAAUAGCACGGAGGUGGAUAUAUCCAAGGAACACAAUCCCGCCUGGCGGGAGAAAGCCUUGCAAAUGGAGAAGGACUACAGGCGCACAGCCUGCGAUCGGGAGAGAACUAGGAUGCGGGACAUGAACCGAGCCUUUGACUUACUGCGCUCCAAGCUGCCUAUUUCCAAGCCGAAUGGGAAAAAGUACUCCAAAAUCGAGAGCUUGAGAAUUGCCAUCAACUACAUCAAUCACCUGCAGGCCAUGUUGCGGGAUAGUUCGGUGGCUCAAAAUGGCAGUGGAUGCUGUGCCUGGAGUGGCGGAAGUAGUUCACCUUAUGACAAUGCCAACGAUCAUUGGGGAACGUAGUAAAAAGAUAUACCAGUAUAUUAAUUAAUUAUAUAUAAUUUGGCGCGUGUGAACAUCAUAAAUAUCCACCAUGGGGAUGUAUUUUCAAUUAAAGGUCCUCCGAACACCGAGUCUUCCUUCUAUAAAAUAACCAAGCCAAAUUUGAUGUGCAGUUUGCCAAAGAAAUCACUGGUGGUAGUCACCGGAAAUUACCGUGGUAUAUGAAAGUUAGCUUGUUUAAACUCCUUUGAAAAUUAAUUUUAAAAUCAGAUCUUCUGAAAACACAGAAUUUGUGUUCAAUUUUACUAUUUUCAAAA